ACUCAAGCUGAAGGUCGAGAUUCAUCGAAGUGACACGCAAGAGUCCUCUUGAGCUCCAGCUACUCCCCUGAAAGAUGGGUCUCCUUGAGAUUGUCCUCCCCAUGUUGACGUUUGGCAUCACCAUCCUGUGCUGCUCGGCGUUCUGCAAGCUGUUCCACCGCAUCCGCGAGGCCCGACUGGAGAGCGACCUCAGACCAGAGCGACCCUCCAUCUUCGUCAUCCCCCUGCCAGUCUCCUCCCGCGAGCCCAGCGCCCCUCACCGGCCCCCCCGCUACAGCGCGUCCACCUUUUACAGCCUGCCGCCACCUUACAACGAGGUGGAGAUGAAGCCAGAUGUCUUCCUCCCUCCAGAGGGCCCUCCUCCCGCCUAUUCAGAUGUCUCUCACUCUGCAGCUUUCCCCUCGUUACCCCAGCAACCACAAAUGGAACAUCCACAACCCCAUCACCAACCACAGGACUGAACCAACUGGAAGGGGUAUCAUGGCUAAAGACUUUAGGGGGGAAACAGACUAUUUAAGACAUGGGCAUACCUGAGGAGCCAGGUCGGUGUAAGACUGACUGACUGACUGACUGAUUGACUGUGAGAGAAGUUGCACCUUAUGUUUUGGGAUGUCUUCAAAUUUGUCUUUUUCUAUUUCACCAAGAAAGGGUUGGCACAUAAUCAUCCUGUCUUCACCGGACCUUCUCCAGGUUUGGGUUAGGGUUAUUAGGUUUAGGGUUAUUCUAGGUUAAUAUAAUUGUGUACAAUAUUCUGAAAUACCUUUCCAGUUCUAUUAUUAUUCAGUUUUGUAAUGUCAUUCAAUAAUGUAUAAAUGAUAUUCAUACUGCUC